ACUAUAAUUUUGAUAAAGGUGAAGUGGUAUCAUCAAGUAUUUCCCAAUACAGCGAUUGACGUGAUAAUUGAGGUAUACGCUGAUCUUUUGCGAAGUUUAGAUCCAGGAAUUCCAGAAUGUAUAGAGGCGAUAUUGAAGCAGCAUUCGACAGCUAUGCAAUUAUCAUUGUUACUUGAACUUAAACAAAUUACGAGACAUUUUGCGGUAAAUCUGCAAGGCGCGAUUGAAACGUCGUCCCAUGGGAAAUUGCAAAAUCAGAAACUGUUAUCGUUAGCGCAAGCCAUCUACGCGCCUUAUGUUCCACAUGUUACAAAGUAUAAUAUCUAUGAAACAGCUCAGCUCGAGUCUCAACUUCAAUCGAUGAAAUCUACACAUGAUGAUUUAAGCGACACGAUCAAUGUUCUUUCUCUUAGUAUUUCCAGAAUAAUGGAAUACGCAAACGAAGCUAAUAAAAGAUGUAAACUUUUUACGGAAGGCUGUGGUUACCCCGGAUUACUGAAAUCGUUGUCUAGUUACUUCAACAAAUGUCUUGAAAAAUAUCAAGCUGCUAUAUGGCAAUUAGAGCGCAAAAAAGUAAAACACGAAGAUUGGAAUUUGUUCCAAAUGUGCCUUACUCUAAUGCAAACUAUAGGUGAUCUUUUGGGACAGAUUCAACAGUUCGAAAAAUCGCUGGUAAUUGAUAUCACUGAGGCUAAUAAUAAGUUGCAAAGCACAAAUGUCAGUGUUUUUAAUCAGUAUAAGAAGUUACUUUUAAAUGCAUCAAGUCAAACCGACUUGGAGAACUUAGUCUUAUCAUUCCAAAAGGAGGAAGAAACAAUUCUAGAUCCCAUAAUAAAGUCUAUCCAUAAACUUUGUUCGGACUUACACCGCGCGACAUACGAAGUAAUCUUUGCACCAAUCUUUACACAGUUAUUAUUGGUGCAAAAAGCACCGGCCUGGUCAAUGGAGGCCAAUAAAAUUACACAAUUGAGCGCCGAUUUACCCGAUUACAGUUUUGCUCCACAAGAAUACAUAACGCAAGUUGGCCAAUACUUAAUGACAUUACCACAACACUUAGAGCCAUUCUUACUUAGGGAAAAUCCAAGCCUUACGCAGGCAUUGAAAGCAGCAGAUCCACAGUAUGUGCAAAGUUCAACCGAAUCUGGAUUUACCGGUAUUUUAUUGGACAUUAUUGCUAAGGGCACGUGUCAAAUGUUUUUGGAUCAGACAUUAGGAAUUUGUCAUUUGAGCUCUGCUGCGUGCAAGCAACUUGCAACUGAUAUAGAUUACCUUGGUAAUGUGUUAGAAGAACUUGGAUUAUCGUUAUCAGAAAACCUUCAACAUAUGUCUUUAUUAUUAAGACUAUCACCAGAAGAUUAUCAGAGCGGGAGCUCAGGAUGCAGUGCUCGAGUUGUAGCUGCUGUUAGACAGAUGAGAAAUCUAACGUUUUCUGGUUAAAUAGUGUAAAAGUGAUUCAGUAAAUCGUAAAACAUACCAAUUGUAUUAAUUAUAAUUUUGUAAUUUAUUAACAUCGCUUAUAAAACUAAACGUAGAUUAGUAACACGUUGCAACAUAAAAAGUAAUUUUAUCCAUAAUAUGUAAACAAAAAAUAUAUUUUUCACUUUAAAAAUAGUA